AUGUUACCUCUGCCCACACAGAACGUCCUGGUGCCGGUCUGUGGCUUCAGGAUUGUGGGUAAUGCUGGCCUGUCACUGAGCUCUGGAAUUCACACAGGGGAGAAGCCAUUUUCAUGUUCAGAAUGUGAAAAACAUUUUAACUGUGAAACACAUCUUGUCAGACAUAGGAGAACUCACACAGGGGAGAAGCCAUUUUCAUGUUCAGAAUGUGGGAAAUGUUUUCAGCAGAAAUCACAACUUCUUAUACAUCAGAGAAAUCACACAGGGGCAAAGCCAUUUUCUUGUUUAGAAUGUGGGAAAUGUUUCACUGAUAAAUCAACUCUUGUUAAACAUCAGAAAAUUCACACAGGGGAGAGGCCAUUUUCUUGUUUAGAAUGUGGGAAAUGUUUUACUCUUAAAUCAACUCUUGUUAAACAUCAAAGAAGACACACAGGGGAGAAGCCAUUUUCUUGUUUAGAAUGUGGGAAAUGUUUUAUUCGUAAAUCAAUUCUUGUUAUACAUGAGAAAACUCACACAGGGGAGAAGCCAUUUUCUUGUUUAGAAUGUGGGAAAUCUUUCAUAAAUAGAUCAAAUCUAGUUGCACAUCAGAGAAUUCACACAGGGGAGAAACCGUUUUCUUGUUUAGAAUGUGGGAAAUCUUUCAAACAGAAAUCAUAUCUUACCAUACAUCAGAGAAUUCACACAGAGGAGAAGCCAUUUUCUUGUUUACAAUGUGGGAAAUCUUACACAUACAAAUCAUGUCUUGUUGUACAUGAGAGAAUUCACACAGGGGAGAAGCCAUUUUUUUGUUUAGAAUGUGGGAAAUCUUUCCAACAGAAAUCAUAUCUUACUAAACAUCAGAGAAUUCACACAGGGGAGAAGCCAUUUUCUUGUUUACAAUGUGGGAAAUCUUUCAUACAGAAAUCAUAUCUUGUUAAACAUCAGAGAAUUCACACUAGAAAGAAGCAAUUUUAAUGUUCAGAAUGUGGUAACUAGAGAUGAGCAAACUUUUUGAAAAAUUAAAUUCUGCAGCUUGGUCAUAGUUCAACAAGAAAUUUGAUUCGUUCCGAAUUAAUUUGUCACGAAUUACUAUUUUAAAACCCCGUUCAGCCUAUCAAUGAGACCAUUUUUAACGCCCCCUUAGACCGAAGUGCACCCAUCUAACAGCCAUUAAAAUCACCUCAUCCAUUUGCUCACACAGGGGCUCCUCUCUUGAUUGAAAAAGACCUGCUGAAGGACCUGUGCUUAGUGUGAUGACUACACCACGUGAUCAUGCUGGGAGAGCACGGUGACAUCAUCACAUUGAGUGCAGGUCCUUCGACAGGUCUUUUUUAGUUGAGAGGAGCGGACUGCC